AUGCGGUCACCUUUCUCUCUCGCUCUCCUCCUGCUCUCGGGCACCGUCGCUGUAAAUGCAGCCUCCAAUUCCUCCAGCUCUCCCCUUUUUACCCCAGAGGCAAUGCUGAGUGCGCCUCGACGGGGCGCAGCAAUUCCCAAUGCCGACGGCUCAUUGGCGCUGUAUUCUACUACGACGUACAAUUUCACGACGCACAAGCGGAAAUAUGCUCUCUCUGUGACGCACCUGUCAAAUGGAACCUCUUGGCUUCUCAGUAACUCUAGCGCGGUUAGCAAUGCCAAUUGGCUAGGAGACGGAAAUAAGAUUGUGUGGUUUGAGUCGGAAGACGAUGGUUCAACGACUAUCAAAGUUGGCGAUGCAACCACUCCAGCUGCAGCACCAACUUCGGCAGGCUCUGUGCCAGGCUCAAUAGAUGGACUUAAGGUCGUUGACCUAGGCGGCGGCACUUAUGCCGUAGCCUUCGUAGGGACAGCCUCGCCGAACGGGACAUUGUACAAUUCAGAGCUUGCCGCCAAACCGGUCACGACAGGCAGAAUGUAUACAGAGGUCUUCGUAAGGCACUGGGAUACUUAUCUUACGCCUGAACGAAACAGUAUUUGGUAUGCUGCCCUGUCCAGUGGCGCCAAGAAUGGCAGCACAGGUUACACAUUGAGUGAGCCAAUUAAUGCCCUCAAUGGCACUGGACUUGAGUCUCCAAUUCCUCCCUUUGGAGGUACAGAUAACUUCGAUAUCAGCAAGUUUGGGAUCGUCUUCGUCGCUAAGGAUCCUAAACUCAACCCCGUCACCACUACCAAAUCAGACGUCUACUACAUCCCCCUCAAAACCUUUACAGAAGCUGCACCGGAACCUCAGAUUGUCACCACUCCUAAACUCGAAGGCGCUUCCACAUCACCAACCUUCUCCCCAGGUAGCGCCGCUGUAGCUUUCGUUCGUCAACAAGAAAUUAGCUAUGAAAGUGACAAGUGGCGCCUCCUGCUAGUCCCAGAUAUCACUAAGGGGUUGGAGGCAUCUGAGUUUUAUGCUUCUGAAGAUGGUGUAGGGUCCUGGGAUCGUAGCGCUUCUCAAGUGUGGUGGAGCGCAGACGCCAAGACGAUUUUUAUUUCUGCGGAAGAUUAUGCUCGAAUCCGUCUGUUUAGUGUCCCUGCGGACGCAUCAACGAAAGCUCUACCUCAAUUGAUUUUCGCUGAGGGAGGAGUCUUAGACGUGCAUCCACUGGCCAGCGGAAAGGUUUUUGUCAACAGCGCCAGCUUCCUCGAUAAUUCUAUCUUCUCAUGGGUUGAUCCAGUUGUCUCUGCUGCGUCUAACGCAACCGAAGGAGUCACUCUCAUAGACGCGAAUCUGAAGAAUGGGGCAGAAUACGGGUUGUCCCGCAGCCAGAUCUCGGAAUUCUACUACCAGGGGGACGGCGACUACAUUGUGCACGCCUGGAUCAUCAAACCUUCAUAUUUCAAGGAAGGCGAAACCUACCCCCUGGCCUUCUAUAUCCACGGCGGCCCACAAGGCGCGACAGAAGACACCUGGAGCACACGCUGGAACAUGAUGCUGUAUGCCGAACAAGGCUACAUCCUCGUAGCCUUUAACCCCACAGGCUCCACAGGCUUCGGACAGGCCCUCACUGACGGGAUCCAAAACCAAUGGGGCGGACGUCCUUACAACGACUUAGUGCUGGGCUGGGAAUACAUUGAGAAGAACCUGCCUUACGUCGACACCGACCGCGCCAUCGCGCUCGGUGCUUCAUUCGGCGGCUACAUGGUAUACUGGAUCCAAGGGCAGGAUUUCGGCCGAAAAUUCAAAGCCCUCUUCGCGCACGAUGGCUCCUUCAACACCAUCGCGCAGUACGCGAGCGAAGAGCUCUGGUUCAUGCAACACGACUUCAAUGGCACGCUCUGGGAUAAUUACGAUAACUACGAGCGAUGGAAUCCUGCCGCACAUACCAAGAAUUGGACUACACCCCUUCUCAUCGUGCAUAAUGAACUCGAUUACCGGCUUCCGAUCGCGGAAGGUCUGGCGGCUUUCAAUGUCUUGCAGGCAAGGGGCGUGCCAAGUAAAUUCUUAAGCUUUCCCGAUGAGAACCAUUGGGUUUUAAAUCCAGAGAAUAGCUUAAUUUGGCAUAAGACCGUGUUUGAUUGGCUAAACGGCUAUGUGGGCUUGCCACCUUAUUCAAAACCCGGGGAUGAGAUUUACCAGGCGACUUUGCAGAAUGGGCCAUGGAUUCUGAGUGGCGGUUCGUCGUCGUCGUAG